GCUGAGUCCCGUCUUUCCUUGUUGUCCCAUCUUGCUCUCCUUCCGUCAUACCUUUGCUCCCGUGAACACCAAAACAUCACAUAUAGCCGUAUUCCGCGUGUUCUACCAUCACCAGCACCAUGGGCAGGGCCGCACCAUCACCAGAGUAUCGGGACGACCCUGACGCCGUGUCCCUUCACACCACACCAGAGGACUACACGUACGACGACGCACCUGAACUUAAUGAACCUCCCUCCUACGCCGACAGCGAAGCCGAUGCUGCCGCUCCACGAGCACCCAUCCACCAUGUCCCUCCGCCCACGACCCGCACCGACCACAACUCACCCUCCUUCCGCAACGGCAAGCCGCAAGUAUGUUCGACCACUACAUACAUGGACGCGCGCUACGACAGCGAUCCCGUCUUCCUCGAGACCGCGCUGCGCUCCUUCGCAUCCACCGCCCCUGUACCCCUGAUGUACAUCAUGGGCACGCACAAAGAGACCACGAAACGCGGGGACAAGAAAGAAACGCACGAUGUGACGGACUUCCGCAUCGUGCUCAACAUGUCUUCGUACCUGCAUCCCAACUUCUCCUCUUCAGACACUUCCACCAUGAAUCUCGUGACGGCGUCCAACGGCGAGCAGACGCACCGCGGGACAGUGCUGAAGAAGCGUGCCCCCGGCGUGAAACAAGACAUCGAAGUCGGCAGCCCAGCCCCCAGCCUGACGGAGUGGUGUCACCGUUUCUGCGCCUCCACAUCCGCGCUGCGAAUCUUCCGGCUCAAAAGAGCGGUUACGGGGUUCGACGCCACAUUCAUGCAAAACCGCAUCGAGGGGCUGCUACGGAGCACAAACUACCGCGGCCACAUUAGCAUCACCUUCCCGACUGAAGACGAGAAUGUGGAUAUCUACACCUCCCACCGCGUCAAUAGCUGGCGCAAUACGAAGUGGAUUUGCUGGAUGUUUUACCUCACCUUUCUGUGGGUCAUUACUUGGCCGAUACUGUUCUUCUGCACGAAAAGGUACAACGUGGUUAGGGCGGAGUGGCCGUUUAGCGUGAACAGCAAUGGGAGGAAGGUGUAUACCACGGUGAGUGAGGAGCAGUACUUGGAAAGGUGGAGCACGGCGAUUAGGAGACUGGCGCUGGAUCGGUAUCAGGGCGAAGCAAGCGAGGAGAUGAUGCGCGGUGUCACCGAGCGCCCUGCGGAUCCACCGAUGCCAGGUACUAUCACCACGGGUCACGCUGGUGUUGACAACGCAGUAGGGCUGCUUUCGCAGGGCUUCCAGGUUGCGCGCGCGCUAUCGAGUGGAAGUGGUCGGGGUCUCGUGCAGAGCGUGCAGGGCGUGCAGGGUGGGUGGGGAUACGACACCUGAACGAAGGCCCAGCGUGUGUUACUCUGCCAUGUCAGUUGCCUUUUGUUUGUUCAAGGUUCGUACAACUCAGCGCAUCGCCUCAACUCGCAGUGUAUUGUUGCAAAACUACCAAUCCCACGAGCUU